AUGUGUGAGGCCCCGCUGCCAACAGGAGCGACUCGCUCCGUAGGGGCGGCUACGCGGGGGAAGGUGAAAGAUAGUCGCGACUGCCCGGACAAGGUGACCGUCUGGGGCAUCGGGCCCCAUGGGGACGAGAUGGAAGUAUUGCCGGGGCAGAAGACGUGGGAGAGGGGGUCGGAAAAAGUCGGAAGGAAAACCGGGGCGGAAAAGAUGGGGGGGAGGUGGGGGAGGGGGAGGGCGCGGACAGGGACGAGACGGCCCCGCAGACCCCGUGUGCUCCUCGUGUGUGUGGGCUCUCCGGGCGCCGCUCUCCCCGUACCACUAUUGGCGCGGCUGGAGUUUGCAGGGCAUUGA